AUGGGCGCACUCCUUUCGUUAUUCAAUGAGGAAGUGAAAACUGAUGACAAGAAAACAGCAACCGAUGAAGCAGAAUCCAAAAUAUCCGCCGAACGCGUCUGGUCUGGUGAAAUAAUCCAACCUAUAUCUCCUAUACCUCCUAAUGAACUUUCACCUGCAGCUCUCAUAGAACCAACUUUCGCAAAACCUUCGGAGCCUGCUCCUACAAAACUUGAAAAAAGUGACAUAGAAAAACCAUCUCCCGAGAUUCAAAGCGCCCCAGCAGUAAUGCAAACUCCUUUGGGUCCAGAAAAGGCGCUUGUGGAGAAGGCGACGAUUCCAGAAGCGAAGCCAUCUUUAAAGAAAAGAACACCUCCGAUAGAAAAGAGACCAACAGAGGAGAAGAAGGCUACUUCAAGAAAAAAGACUCCUCCAGUGAAGAAGGAGCCGCCACCAGUGAAGCUACACAUCAAGGAGGAGACACCUCCCUCAGAAAAGGAGUCUCUCGCGAAGGAGGACCAACCGCCCAGGAAGAAAACUCUCCCAGAAGGAAGUGAGGUUAGAAAAGAAAAACCUGCACCUGCAGUUGUAAUAGUUGCUCCAGAAAAGAAACCGUCUCCAGUUACUGCCUCCGCACAACUAAUACCUCCUGCAAAACAUCAUGACGUUAAAGUAGAAAAAAUUGAAAAACCUUCGAGUACUUCAACAAGUCAGGUGAAGAAAGAAACAGAAAAAGUGGUGGAAAAGACUGAAGUGAGUGCUCAGCCACAACCUUCUCGAUCUCCAUCCAAAGUGGUUGUAGUUGUGAAGGAAGAGAAAAAAGAAGUAAUUGAGACGGUAACACGAACAGAGGCACCUCAAGUUCUUGCAGUAACAACACUACCAGAACCUACACCGCCUAUAAAAGCAACUCCUUUAAAGCAUCCGCCUUGUCCUGAAAGAAAAGUAGACAAAACACAAGAGCCACUGGAACCAGAAAGUGAGGCGGCAACCCAACCAACUCUACCUUUGGAAGCUAGACCUAUAAAACCUCGUGAAAGCGGACUUGAAAAAACACAAGAGCAUUCAGCAGAAAAAAUAGCUUAUACAAUUCCACUAUCAGCGCCGAAACCUGUGAUGAAGGCUCCAGGUGCACCUCCCGCACCUCCAUCAACUGCUCAGAUUGGAGUACCCACCGCUCCCCAGCUAGCACCUGCUCAAGCGAAAGCACAUCCUCCUGUUGUUGUGAAACCUCCUCCAUUGCUUUCAAAACCAGAUGUUAAACUUCCUAAGACUACUGAGAAAAAAGCAGCUCCCACUUCUCUAUACAAAAGAGCACCACCGCCAGAGAAGAAGAGUUCAGCAGAAAAAAUAGCUACGCCAACGAAGAAAAGUUCGGAUGAGAAGUUGCAUACAGCAGAAAAGAAAAGUUCCACAUCUAGUCCCGAUAGGAAAGGAUCUGCUGACAGAAUAAUCACUCCAGGAAAGAAGUCGGCCGAAAAGAUUCCGCAAAGGAGGAAAUCCGCGGAGAGGGUGGCACCUCCAGGAAGAAGGACAUCAAGAAGAGAUACAAAAUCAGGAGAAAAGAUAAAGCCAUUAAGUGCUAUGCCUAGCGCACUACCGAUGUCAAAAGAAAGGAAAGAAAAGUCUUUGAUAAAACCUGUUGUUGAGCCCAAGAAGGAAAAAUCACUAAUGAAACCUGUUGCUGAGCCGAAGAAGGAGAGAUCACUCAUGAAACCUGUUGUUGAACCCAAGAAGGAAAGAUCACUCAUGAAAGGAGUCAUGGAUCCGAAGAAAAAUGCAAAUGUAAAAAGAACGGGGUCCAAAAUAGAAAAGCUAACUCAGAGCUCAUCUAGUCAAGAUACGAGGAAGAGUUCACAGUCUACUCAACCAUCCGCAGAAAGAACGGGAUCGAGCGGAAGUAAGCCAAAAAAGAGGACUUCUAUAAUGUUGAACCCAGUUGAGCCAAAGAAGACAAAAUCUGCCGAAAAGAUAAAAGGAAAACUGAAGAUAUGUCGCAACGUUUCAAAUGUAUUUGGCAACAAUAGACUUUUAUCAUUUUCUGCUCACCUCCUAUCUAUCGUUGUGAUUCGCUUCUCAACGAAGUCGAGAAAAAAACGACGUUUAGUUUCGAUUUACAUAUUGUGUGUAUCCAGAUCGCCACCUAAUUCGCUAAUAAAGCGUCAAUAA